CUCCAAACCGGAAGUGAGCUAAAGAAGUCAAGAUGGGCACACGUUUGAAGAUCCUCAGCACGUUUAAAUCGUUGCACAGAACCAGGAUGGCUGUAUUCAAAGAUGAUGACAAAGCACUGACAGCUGCAAGAUUAAAGAUCAACGAUGAGUUCCGGAAAAACAAAGAGGAAACGUCAGAAGAAAACAUUAAGAAGAUGAUGAAAAUGGGCUCAUCUGUGGAAGCUAUUCUGCGGGAAGGCGUGUUACAAGUGGAACAUGUUGGAGAUAAGAAACUCUUGCUUCGACCCAGAGAGAGCCUUCUACUCGAAAAUGUACCUUAUUCUGACGAGCCACGGAAAAAGGCAUGAAAGACCAACUGAUUACAUAUUUUUCGUAAAUAAGAGACUCACCAUCAUCCGCUCUGUUCCUCUGCAUUUAAAGGAUUCAACGCAAAAUAUUUCAAGUUGUUCACGAUCUCCUGAACUAAGAACAUUUUAAAGAUCAUCGCUACACGGAGAAAUGUCUUGUUCUGAUUUACUCAAGGUCUCAUUUGCGCUGCUUAAGGAAAGCUGUGCUAUGAAUGAGAUGCCCUUACUGUACCGUAUUUUGUCAAAUGAUUAUGUAUUGAUUUACUUUCUCAGUGUUCUGCCUACUUGUUUGUGGUUUUUUAUUUAACUGAUUUAGGGAGAACUUCUUCCCUGCUUCUGAUCAUUUUCAUUGUGUUCUGAUUAAAGAGGAGUAUUCCCAAA